GAUUUCGAUUUCCACAAAGCGGAGUGUGAGCAAGCCCACAUACGCCAAAGUGGUACGAAGCCAUCCGCUCAAACUACGCGAGGGCAUCAGUGUCCGGGCGCGUUUAUGAUUAUGGCAUCUCGAUUGGAUGAGCAUGGAUGUGACAGCGAUCAUCCUCUGAAAUUUUCUCAUAUCGACAUGGGCGACGCAGCUGGCUCACAUCCGCAUACGAGCUAUCCUAAUCCGCUUGUCGCUUUAGUUGCUGAGUAA